AUGACAACAGAUCAAUCACCUCAAAUUUGUCAACUUGAAGCAUGUCAACUUCAAAAAUGUUUAAAUAGAUUUACAUAUCAACCAGAAAGAUGUGAAGAAUUAGUUAAAAGAUUAUAUAAAUGUUGUAAAGUUAUGUAUGAUGAAAAUGGUGAUCAAAUCAAAAGUACGGCUUGUGCUUCUAAAGAAAAAGUUAAAGAAAAGAUUGAAAAGAUGAAUUGGUAG